AUGAUUGGAUUUAGUCAAACAAAUGAUAUUUCAGGAGUACUAACUCGUAAUAUCAAAGAAAAUCAAAUGGCAUGUUGGUUAGAACAGCCAACAUCAAAUAAAGAAUUUUGUGAUGCUAUUGACGAAAUAAUGAAACAUGAACAUGAAGAUGUUAUUUUACUCGAUGAUACUUUAUCUUCUGGAGCACCAUUAGAACUUGAUCUUGAUUCAAUAUCUGAUUUACUUGAAACUCCAUCAACAGCUCCAGUAACUACAGCAUCAGCUGUAUCACCAAUAUCCCCAUCAUCAACAACAGACUAUAGUCAAUCAACGAACAUUUAUGAUAUGACAUCACCACCACAUAGAUCAUAUUCUGUGAAUAGUAAUUCACAAUCAAAUUCAACAACAUCAGCAUAUUCUGCAUUGGGUAUAAGUCCAAAAUUUACAACAUUAAGUAUUAAUCAACAUCAUCAUCCAUUUUCGCCAUCAUCCCAAGAUUCAAAUAGUUCAUCAACAUUACUUCAAUCAUUUGUUCAAUCUCCAAUAACAAUUAAUUCAAAAAGUAGUUUACAUCCACCACCAUAUAUUCAAGAACAACAAAAUACGUCCAUUCUCGGUACAUCAUAUCCAUUUGAAUUACAAAUAAAUAGUGGUUUAUCAGAUGUGAAACGUUUUCGUUCAUCAAGUAUGAAUGAAGGAGCAACACAACAACAUCAAACUAAAUUAGAUCCUCAUCUAUUUGAUCCAUAUCGUCUUAAAUUACCUCCUUAUACGCAUCCUCCAUAUUAUCAAAAUAGAACAUCAUCAACAAAUAUACCAACAACACCGACCACCACGACAACAACAACUUCAUCAACAUCAUCACUUUCAAAUGAUGUAUCAUCAAAUACAGCAUGGCCAUUUGCUGGUUAUACUCGACCAGCAUCAAAUUCAUUUUCAGAAGUAUUAAAUCAACAACAGCAACUUCGUAUAGGUAAUAGCUUAUCAGCAUCUUAUGGUGGUUCACCAUCAUUUUAUUCAAUUCAUCCUCAACGAAAUCAUACAGGAUUUUCACCAGAUACUGGUUUUCAACCACAACAAACAACUAAUUGCACAUUAUAUUCACUUAAUCAGCCAAGAGGUGGUGCUGCAUCUCCUCCUCCUCCUCCAUCUGUGCUUGCUCGAAAAAGAUCAUCUUUAGUUGGCUUUCCCGUUCAAGAAAUAAAAGAUGAUCCAAGCAGUCCAAAUUGUACUAUAGAGCAACAAAGUGAACCUGAUCUUUGGUCGGAUAUAGAACAAAAUUCUUCGGAUCAUAUGCAAGAUAAUGAUAUCGACGAUGAUGACAUAACAAGUGAUGAUGAAGAUGAUGAUGAUGAUGAUGAUGCAACAACAGUAUCCAGUACUUAUAAUAAGGAUUCAGACCCAACAAAAUCAUCACAAUCACAUUCAAAUUCUUCAUCACUUUUUUGGCAAUAUAAUGUUCAAGCUAAAGGACCUAAAACAAAACGAAUACUUUAUUUAAAAGAACGUGAUCCACAUCUUUUUCGAGAAUUUAGUGAUCCAGUUUAUCAAAUAAAAUUAACACAAACAAAAGGUCAAACAUUUACUAAACUUCGAAAAGGUGAUGGAAAUGAUGUAACACCAAAUCCAGUGAAACUUUAUCAACUUGGUAAACAAAUACGAGAUUUAACAGCAUGUGUUGGUAAAACAAAUUCGAGUACAACAUCGGUUUAUCAUGGAAUUUAUCAUGUUGAGCAACAAACAAAUAAUAAUGACACAGCUGAAGUUAAAAAAGAAAAAAAUAAAAUUGCCAGCCGAGCUUGUCGACUUCGUAAGAAAGCACAGCAUGAAGCAAACAAACUGAAAUUACACGGGCUGAAUGAAGAACACAAAACAUUAAUUGACUUGAUCAUAGCUAUUAAAUUACUUAUUCUUAAACGAUAUCAUAAUGGUCAACUUGCUUCUCCAUCAUCAUCACCAAAUCAAUCACUUGAAGCUGCAGUAGAUCAAUUGGUUGCCAAUAAAUACAAUAAACCAGUUGCUGGCAACACUGACGGUUUUGUUCAAGGAAUAAUAAACAAUAUGGAACAUUUGUAUGCUGCAAAGCAACAAAGAAGCAAUAGUCUUAAUACUUAA